CCGCUCGCCGCUCGUAGAGAUCGCCAAUUAUUUUCCGUAAUUUGUCAACGACCGGACGAUUCUCGCGGUUUUCCGGUUUUCAUAUAGGUUGCUCGCAAUUACGUAACACCAAAGCUCGAAGCAUUUUAAAACGCGUAUAUAAGCCACACGUAGAUUUUUCGUAUGUUGUGUAACGUGGUGCAACGCUGGCGCAACGGUAGCGGCACGGAUCGAUCGAUGCACCGAGGAAAAAUAUAUGCAGUUAAUUGGAUGUAGUUACAAUCGAGUACACUGCAAUCGCGCGUUCCCUGCAGAGAUACCGAGGCGAAUGCAGAUACCAUUUAAAGAACGCAGAUACGAUAUCCUAUAUCUAAAUGACAUUUUAUCGGGAAAUUGAAUUAAAUCUCCGCUAACUAUCGAGAGGACGAAAAACCAACGCAGUCAAGGGCAACGCAAGCGAUACAUAGUGCGUUUAAUAACGCGCCAACUUGCUUAUACUUCUUCCUCGUUAAGUGAGGUUGCUGCUUUCGUUUGUUCUCAUCGUCAUCGUCAUCAUCGUCAUCGUCGUCAUCAUCGUUGUCGUCGUCGUCGUCUGCCAAACGCCACGCCGAGCAUUGACAUUUUUGUCUCUUCACCGGAUCUCUCUCUCUGUCCCUACCAUGAGGAUGAGAAUGAAUGGAAGGAGACGGUCGAUCGAGAUCCCGCUGUACAACGCGGUUCGCGUAGACUUCUUCGCGUGCUAUCUCCGACCAAUCCGAAGACGUGAACGAUCGUACGCUCGCCCCAACUUACGUUGUAGUAUACGACUGCGACGCGACGCGACGCAACGCUCCGGCCUGCCUGUGGUUUCAUCCUUACUAUUUAUUCGCACAUUCCAGUUUGAUGUCGCCAUUGUUACGAGUCACCGUCACCGCGCUAAUUCAACGCUCUCUCAAGAGAAUGACGUAAUCUCGAGACGGAGAGAGGAGCUUAGGGAUCAUGGACCGCCAUCCAACGGUGAGGCCGGAAACCGAUCGAGCUCUCUUCUAUUGUGCUCGAUGAUCAACGGAAAAAUUUGGUAGCCAACAUCCCCUCGUUCAUUAACAUCACUAUGCGCCGCCGUAUAAAGUCGGCGUAUAAAACUGCAUUUUAUGUUUAUGUUUAUUUUAUAUAUGCACGAUGCACGCUCUUGCCAAGUGAGUAUUUAUCCGAUAAUGCACUUUAAACCCUAUUCAGCCAGCUCUCUCAGAGAUUUCCAUUCAACGACCGAAUGCUAAGUGUGACUCAGAGCGAAACGUGACUCAAUGAUAAUGUCGACUAAAAUACUCGACAGAUUCGACAAUCGAUCAGGCAAAUCGCGUACGGAUCGUUCGCCAUGCCUCUCGUUGGAUAGGAGAAUGUACGGAAGGCAACACGGAAAAUGGGGAAAAAAGAACAGCGAGAACUGGAUGGCAAACGAUAAUACGGUACUUUAUUAGAGAGGAAGAUAUCAGGCACUUAUGGUGUACUUAUCCAAGUACACAGUAUCUGCGUCCAAAGAACAUUGGAAGAUAGCACAUGAUCGUUUCAAAGUAGGGGCAAUGAAAAAAACAAGAGCAGAGAAGAAGAAAAAAGAGAAAAAAAUAGAUAAGAAAAACUCAAUCUUUUUAAAGUGAAAUUUUGAAAGAUGAAAAAAAAAACGUCCACUUUUAUGAAAAAUGUUAUACCUUCUUGCAUCAAUAAAGAUGGAAAAAACUA